UUGCGGUCUAAGGAAAAGCGAAUGAAAAUUUCAAAUUCCACCCAAUAAACCAUUAUUUAGUGAAUUCCACCGUGCAGUGCUCCUAGAAAAAAUUGUUCAUAGUUUCCAAAGCAAUAAUUUACAUAAUUAUUAUCGUCAUUAAAUUUUGGUGCAACGUGUUCUACGGUCAACGGCGUGCAUGAUAAAGUUUAAAAGAAAUCUCAGUGUCAUAAUUUAUACGAUAUACCUAUACUUAUGCCACAUUCGAAUAAAUUUAUAUAGAAAAAUAAUAAGAAAAAAAGAGAACGGAAUUGAAACGUGAAAGAAAGUGCAUGCGGUAUAAGGCAAAGAAUAACUACAGCCUGCAAUAACUUAACAAUAAAUAACUGGCGGUGAACAUUAAAUUCAUCAUGCUGCUGACGACGUUUGUGAUGUUGCAUAAUUGUUCUUCGAUAAAAAUGACACGCGUUUUUUCGCACCGGAGAUCUCCAGACACCGAGGAGUUCGCGGCCUAGAGCUGCAUGACGACCAAGCAUGGGCAGAGUUGAUGCUGGGGGAGGUUGGAAAGGAGCCUGGAUGAGUGUUUUGGUGAGCUUGGCUAUAUUGGAAGAACGUUUUUCCUUGGGAAAAGUUGGAGCUUCCGGAAGUUGUGGACUUGCAGAAUUUACAUGCAAAGAUGGUCGUUGCGUACCUUUGGACGCUUAUUGCAACGGUAAAGAUGAUUGCGGAGACGCCAGCGAUGAGCCAACGCUUUGCACGCCAUGCAACAGAACUUAUCACGGUGAAGAAGGAAGAACUUAUAAACUCAUUCUUCAAGGACCUUUGGAAGUUCGUCUUCCAUUCCUCUGUCACCUGACAUUUACCGCCGGUGGUCCCGGUCAUGGUGAGCUCGUUCAACUCCUCUGGGACGCUUUUAGCGUUGGUCGUUUCGAUCCAAACGCCGAAGAUCCUAUUGGUAAUUGUCCUGAGGGAGGCUUACAACUCGCAGAACUUGGGAGACCGUUCACCGGAGGUUCUUGGUGCGGUAUUGGAAAAGGUCGAGCUUCUUACUACAGUGAAACAAGCACAGUAACAGCUUCCAUUCGGUUAUUCCAGGCGCCAACUUCUGUUCCAUUCGAAUUCAGUUUGAGAUACCGUUUUGUAGCGAGAAACGAGGCUGUCGCCAGAUUAGGACAGCCCGGUAUCCCCUUCGAAAGAGGCACUUCUGUUCCAGGAACAUACUGCUCCAGGAAUUUUUAUGAAUGUUACCGAAAACGGUGCCGGGUACAGAGUCCCAAUUACCCUGGAGAAUAUCCGAGAAAUUCGACCUGUCUCUUAAGUCUACGACAAAAAGAAGUUCCCACGUGUAAACAUGCCAUGAUGUCAGUUAAACCGAGCACCCCUGGACCGGCCGGACUUGCAACAAACAACGCAACGUUAAGCGUCUGGCAGGAUUGCCCCGUUGAAAGAGAUAGAAUUAUUCUGAGGGACGGUGCUGGGCCCGAUGACCCUAUUUUACUAACUUAUUGCGGAGGUCCUUUGCCGCGUGUUACAGCAAGGGGCCCGACAAUGCUGGUCGAAUUCCGAAGUUCCGCCUUAGCGAUUCCCUUAGGAGCCUCUGCGAUGCGUUUAGAGCUGGAAGCGGAAGUUGUUUUCGUAGAUUCCGAUGGGCUGGAUUACGCCCGAGGCUCCCAAGGAUGCCAUUUCUUCGUAAAUGGAACCGCGAAGAGAUCGGGAAUACUUCGAGCACCUCUCCAUUCCUUACCACCUGGUUCCAGUUGCACGUGGAACAUCCAAGGUUUAGCCGGAGACAGAGUUUGGAUCUACUUUUCUUCGUAUUCUCAAAGGGACCUAACUGGGAACCUGGAAAACAAUGGGACCAUUCAAAGCGAUUUGUGUGCUGUUAAAAUCACCUUGUGGGACGGAACUCCCAGUAGCGGUCCACCUAUCGUAUCGCUGUGUGACGAAGCACCGAAACUUUGCGCACAUGCUGCCCUGAGAAACGCUACAAGGGCCACAAGACCAUGUACAUCUGAAGAAAGCUACCUCACUCUCGCACCCUCUUUAACUCUCAGGAUGGAAACGGCUCCCGGUACUGUUCUACACACCGUAAACUUUCAGGCGAGAUACGAAUUCGUGGCAACUCUUCAAGGCGGUGACAGCUGGACCGAAGGUCCUUGCAAUCGAGUCUGGCGUAAAGUUCGUACGGGUAUGAUUUCCUCUCCAAGAGACAUCCGAUUAUUUGGACGGGGUGGUGCAACACGUUUGGAGUGUCAUUAUCGAAUAGAGGGAGGGCCAGGAGAACGUAUUAGACUGACCCUUCAUAAUGCAAGCUUGGGGGAGGCUACUGCCUGCGUAAGCGAGCCAGACCCGCACACAGAAAGACCUCGAUGCGCCCCUGAAAUUGGAUCGCGGAAAGCUCACCUAAUGCUUUAUGAGGCACCAUGGCCCGAUAUCAAACUACCGAGAGCUUGCCUGUGCGAUAAUACCUCACAUUUACCCUUGACUCAUGUUUCGGCUGGACGUGCCCUUGAAAUAGGAUUCCUAGUUGACCACCAAGCGCCUCAUGAAGAUUUUGAAACCCUCUUUUUCCACGCUAGUUUCGAAUUGGUGAGAGCUCCGGAGUGUCCGAGGAAACAACGUGUCCGCGGAGAAGGUGGAGAGCUUAGAUUUGUAUCACCACCUCUUUCAAGGCCAGAUAUAUACUGCGAAGGUCUUCCGUGGUUGGUAGAAGCCAGAGAAAAUCGCUCUCUUUUUUUACUGACCUGGGGAUGGUUUCUCCCUUUGGAACCCCCUCCAAUUGUCGACCUCGCGGCUACCGGAGACCCACCCAGGUGUCCAACGUUAAAUCGAGUGCUUUUGUACUCUGGGAGACCUCCAAAACUCCUUAAAGUUGUUUGUCCAGCUGAACCAGGAGCAAGGGAAUACACCGUUCAUGUAUUCUCCGAAGAGUGGCUUGGAAAAGGUGACGAAUCCUGGCCAGGACCUCCGAAACCUCCAACUCUUCUGUUGGAUUUCAUAGCCCGUGAACCUGGGCAAGCAGCUGCUUCUUGGCUGGAAAUUUCAAAAAGCAGGGCUGCUCUCCGCAGGCAACUUCGCCUUCCCGAAAAAGGACCCGAAAACGAAACUGCUACAGGAAAUGGCGACUGCCCCCAUAGAUGUCCUGAACUUGGUGCUUGCAUCGCUGCAAGUUUGUGGUGUGACGGAAGACCUCAUUGUCCUUCAGGACACGACGAAGAACAUUGCGGAAGCGGAGCAAGGCUUCUGGGCAUGUUACCGUCGGCGAUGUGGCUCGUAGUCGCAGGAACAGCUGGCAUAGUGACAGCGUUUUCCUGUCUCCUGGCUAUCCUAAUUGGUCCAAGAAUAGGACGAGGAGACUUCACGCCGAGGGAAGACAAGAGUUCAAGGGAAAAAAGCCGAGGCGAGCACCAACCGAGGAAACACUUCUGGGAUCAGCAUCCUGACAACAGCAGCCCGGUUUCGUGGAGUACAUCCACGUCGACCGGGAGACGACAGUCUAGAGAUACCAUGUUGUAUUUUACCGUCCAAGUUACUAACUUAAAUGAAAAUAAUACCCCCAGGUGCCAAGAUUAUAAUUCACCUGGCACCUUUACAGGGGCGUAUCUCUGUGAUACACCGCCACGAUCUAUUUUAGAUGGGGACUUCUAAAGCGGGAUGUGCCCCCCUUCGUUUCUAUAAUCUUAUGAUCGAUAAAUUAUCCAAUGACCUGUUUAGCUAUAUUUAUUAUGCGUAGGUAACGUUAUAUUAUUAUAUUUCAUCUACGAAUAAUCCGACACUCGAAAGUUUCGCAUGCAAAGCCAAACGACUAUAUAAAUAAAUUAAUAAAUUAAUAAAAUACCAGAAAUCGUAAAUUCGUUGACUGGAAUAAUAAAGAAUCGUGAUUAUUAGUUCAAAGUAGUGCCUCCAGUCUCCGAAAAUAUGAUUUAAGUAUAUAAAAAACCUCAUCGAAAUGAGAUAUGUAGAAAAAUUGGCAACAGUAUUUGCAGUUAAAGAAUAUGAAAGUGCAUUGAGAGAGAAUUCGAAUAAUUUACUUCGUGUAAGUGAUUCUCUACUUUUAUAUAAGAAGUGUACCUAAUUCUCUCUCUUGGGAUUGCGCUGCAGACCAACAUCAGCAGCGGUAGUAGCGGAGCUUAUAAAUUCACCAUUAAACCAACCCUAGUGUCUAUGUCUCUCGCUCCGCUGCCACCCUUUGUACCAAUAGACUGUAUGUACGUACAUGAAUCUUGCUCGCUCGCUUUUACCCCCUUUUAAGAAUCCCUCUUUAUGUGGAGGUGACCCACACUUACACUGCACAUACCACUUCUGCAAACACAUACACAUUACUACGAACUAUAUAUAAUAUAAGUACAAUUCCACAUAGUCUAAUUAUACACAUAGGUAUAACUUGAACGAACUCAAUUAGCACACUCAAAUAUGAUAUACAGAGGAACAUUCAUUUACAUGAUUAUACAUGUAAUCACAGCGCGUCCUGCAUGACUACCUAUAUAGGUGAAUACAGACUGCAAUUUAAUUAAUUAAUUAGAUUAUAGUUAGUUAGAUUUAUUUUGUUCUUGACAAAAUAUGGAUCGAUGCAGGAAUUAUUAAAUGAAUUGCAGGACGCUCAUUAAAGAAGAAAAAUAUGCUACGUUAGAGCGAUUAAUCGUUCACACUGAAAUUAUUAUAGAUACAAAAUAUAGGUAGCUAUAUAAUAAAAAAUAAAUUGAACACAUGAAUUUUUAAUAUUAAUAUAUCUAAAAGUGUGGAAAGAAGAAUAUUGACUUUAUUGGGCAUAUAUAAAUUAUAUUAUAAGAUAUAAAGAAAUACAUGAUCCUGUAGAUAAAUUAUUGUUAUUAAAGUUUAACUAGUAUAAUAUUAGAGAUGUACGUUAAUUAGUUCAUGGCAACAUUAUGAUUAAGAAUUUUACUGCCAAAAUUUCCAAUUCUUGCAUUAAAAACGCAGUUUAGAUUAUGUAAAAUAGAAUACCACGUAAUCCAGUUAACAGCGAGCACGCAUUUUUCCUCAUACGUAAUUCCACAAGGUUUAUAAUUUUAUAUCCACUUAUUCAGUAUGUACAUGAAUAUACAUAAUAGUAGUAAUACGACAUUUAAUGCGGUUGCUUAAUUAAAUAAUUAAUUGAUUGGAUUACAACUGUACCUCAUCAUAUUAUAUUACCUAAUGAAUUGAUUAUUUAUGUAAAAUACAACGCGUAGAAAACAUUUCGGCGCUUCCCGCACGCGGCGAUUCUGAUUUGGAAAAUUUAAAAAGAAAAGUAAAUCAGUCUAUUAAUUAUGAAUAGUAGUAGUUGUAAUAGCUGUUGAAUAAAUGAUAUUGAUAGUAUUAUUAAUAUAAUAAUAGAGAUAGAUACAUAUUAUAUUUAGUUUAAUCACACAUAAGAAACCACCUUGUAAAUAAUAUAAUAUAGUUAUAUACAUAUAUACAUAUAUAUUAUAUAAAACAAAUAUACACAUAUAUACCGAGGUAUAUGAAUAAAAAAGUAAUUAAAUUCGCUGCACCGUUCGCGCGGGUCGGUAGAAUUUAUUACGGUAGGACCCCGCGGUCAACCAUAUAAACAUAAUACUCAUUAUAUCGAUAAUUUGGCAUAUACAUAGAUUGUUUGUGUAUAAAAAGAAAAGGCAAGAAAAAAAAAUGGAGAAAAUGUACGCGAGUUAUCACCAAAGUUUGAUUACAUUCAAAUUAUUCAGAUUAAUCGAUUUCAAAACAAUCUCAUAAGUAUUUGAAGAAUGAUCAAGGCAAGAUUAAUAUUCCUGAUAAAUCACAUCGCUACAUAAUUAUACAUUUACAAGUAUAAUAAAUAUAAGUAUAAAUAUUGCGAAACGCGCGACCGUCGUAAAAGUGCAAAUCGAUUUUAUGCUGUACGAUUAAAUCUAUGUACGUACAAGUGAGAAACCAGGUCAUCUGUAUAGUAUUAUACUCAAAAGAAUGAGCAGUAAAAAGAAAAAAAGAAUCACCACCACCUGUACUAUAUACUAUAUACGAGUUCCAAUAAAAAUCAUACAUCUUGUAGUAAAA